UAUUGGAGUGUGUUUCCCUGGAGCGCGAGCGGUUUGUGGCGGAGCGAUUGGGAGCGGGUCGGGUCGGGUCGGAGCGGAGCGGAAUGAACUGUGCCGAGGAGAAACGCGUGGCUGGCCGGAGGAAGAAGAACAAACGGGGAUCUGGCAGCGCCAGUGCAGUCGCCGGAGAGAGCCGCAGCCCCAGUCCGGCGGAGGGGACGCCGAGCCCGGCGCACGGCGAGCAGCCGGAGUCGGGGACCGGGACAGGCCCUGGCGCGGUGAGGGAGCAGGCCUCCCUUACUGUGCACCAGCUGGCAAAGGACUGUUGCUUGUUGUGUCAUCAUGAACGUAAAGAAUGGGGGACUCAGCAGAAUGGGAUUGUGGAUCUAAAGAAGCUGGCCAAUUCCAUGCCAGCAUUGACUCAUGGCCUUCUGGAGCAUAUGCCUCUCUGGAUAUGUCAGACCUGUCAAAGAAGAGUAGAGGAAGAAGAGCAACGUGCAAUUAUUGAACAGGCUCUAAUGGUAAAAGUAGGACAAAGUGAAUGUCAGGCACAUAAAGAAAUGACUGAUGAGUCAAUGAGAACACUGAUGGAAGGAGAUGGAGUUUCCAUUCUCCACAGGUUACCGACAGAAAAAUGUCAUCACUCUGCAAUCCACUGCUGCCAUCAAUUGCAUAGACAGACAUUGGCAUCCAGUGCUCCUCAUCCACAGCAACUUCAGUCGUGUGCAACCACUCCUAAUGGCAUACAUACAAAGGAAUCCAACAGGAUAACUAGUGAUUGUUCAAGAUCGCCCUCCUGUGUAUCGGCAAAAAACGGUUCUGUGCAAUGUAAGAACAUGUCCAGAAGGCCGCCACCACCAGGUGGCGAGUUUCACUGCACAGAAGAUCACAGGUAUUCUGUCCUUGCAGCACCUCCUAACAGUCCCACAGGCUUGUCCUCUCAUCAACAUCCUCUUACAGCACCAAAGUCUCCUGAAGUUGCAAAUGAGUCAGCGGUUACCAUCCAACAGUAUGGACACCCAACUUCUACAACCCAAUGUACUGUACCACAUAGCACUGUAUCCUCUACCAAUUCAAAUAGGAAAACGCCUGUGGCAUCUGGUGUCCCACAAGUUUUGCCUCAUGUUCACAAGACCUCUGCAGUUUCCCUGACUAAUAAUCUGUCUCCGGAUGUGUCCUUGAUUUCAAAAAACUCUGUUGCUGCUUCUACAGGUGUGCUUGUGACCCCAGUGCCUCCAAGUGCUAACUCUCAUAUUCCAAACAAUGGGUUAUUCCCAAAGACUACAGCAGCUGCCCCUAUUUGCACCAGCCAUUAUAAUGGAGCUUGCCCAGUAACAACUACACCAAAUCCAGCUGCUUCAAGCAGUGGAAUCUGCAGGGACCAGUCAUGCAAAAGUCGUUUGUGCACAAAUGAAACCGCCUAUAGUCCUACACGGAUGCACAAUGCAGAUGAAAGUCUGGAAGAAGAUGAUAGCUGCUCAGAGCAUAGCUCAUGUACAUCUCAUUCUGCCAAUCAAAAAGAAGGAAAAUACUGUGAUUGUUGCUAUUGUGAAUUCUUUGGUCACGGACCGCCUCCUGCAGCUCCUACAAGUAGGAACUACACUGAAAUCCGGGAGAAGCUGAGAACACGGCUGACAAAGCGCAAGGAAGAGCUCCCACAAAAAGCAAGCAAUGGGUCAAUCCGGGAACCACCUGUGGAUGAAAGAAAUGUUGAGGAUCUGUUAAACUACAUCAACAGCUCAGAGCAGAAACCAGCCAACAGCACCAAGGCAGCUAAAAGAGCACGGCACAAGCAGAAAAAACAGGAGAAAGCUCGUUCUGAGUUAUUCGAUCAAAGGCUUGAGAAACCAUGCCCUUCUUCAAUGCGUAUUCAAGACUUGGAGAAAGUUUCUGUGAUAAAUCAACAUUUACAAGAGGGCAUAGAAGAGAAGGUAUUGAUAUUCAACCAGCAUGUUCAGGAUAAUAUCGAGGAGAAAGUUUCAAAGCUGAACCAGCACUUACAGGAUGAUAUAGAAGAAAAACUUAAUCAGCGAGAGCUGUGGCACCAAGUGGAGUUGCAGCGUGUAAGUAGCAUCUUAACCAGCAGGUUGGAACAGCUUAAAGACAGGAUUAGGGAUUCCAUCAAAGCAAACUUUAAUAUAAGUGAUUUGCCCAGAGAUGAUUUUUCAGAGUUACCACCAAUUGGGAAGGACUUCCUGAUAGACAGUAAUUCCACCAUGGACAAAGAAGAGGCAAAAAUAAUAGAACAUCAGAAACUGAAUUUGAACUUGUCCUUGACAACAAUGCCAGGGAUUGUGCAGAACCAUUUGUUGACUGGAAAUAAGCACACAGUUAUCGCAGAUCAAGAUAACAGUGGUUCUAAUAUGCUUGUACUUGAAAAUUCAUUAGGAAAGAAAUCAACAGGCAACACUCCAUUAUCUUCAAAGGUGGAAAGCACUUCAGCAUCUGAACUAGAAGGUGACGUUGCAGUGGUGUUGCAUAAAUCUUCAUCAGAGCAGAAAGUGAUAGAUCAAGUAUCAAAAAGUGGAAAGCAACCAAGGCAAUCUAAGCAACAGGUUUCAGAGGUGACCAAGAGUAAAUCUGUGCUUUCAAAAAAGGAGCAAGAGCAACCUCUAAUUCCGAAAGUACAGGGUUCCAAGCAGUCCACUGCCAAACAUAAGGCAAACCAGAAUCAUGAUGGCAAGUCAGCAGAUGCUGUGAAGACAAUGAUUGCCAAAUGUGAAGAGCCCCGACAAGGCAAAAUAAAGGGAGUCUGUGUUCUUAGCAACUCUGAAGCUGGUGAGGUCAGGAAAUGCAACACUAAAAACUCAUGCACCGAAAAGCUGGACGGCGCCGAAAUUAAGGGAGUUAAAGAAGAGCAACAGGCAUUAUCUGAAAUGUCUCAGUCGAAGGGAAAGAACAGGAAAGGCAAAAAGAAGAAACAUGACAAGACCAACAACUCUGUUGUACAGAGAACUGCUGAGUGCACUGAAAAGCAAGAUGGUGUUCAGGCAUCCUCUGGUGUAACAAGACCUAAACAAAGUGAUGAUGUAUUUCUUCCUAAAGACAUUGAUUUAGACAGUGUGGAGAUGGAUGAAACUGACCGUGAGGUGGAACAUUUUAAGAGGUUUUGCCUUGAUUCUGCCAAACAGACAAGGCCAAAGGUCUCUGUAAACUGGUCUAACUUCAGUCUGAAAAAGGGUCCAAAUACAGCUCAUUGAAGAGGACACCCAGCACUUGCCUAACAAAAACUGGAAUUGCCCUGCGGUUAUCAUUCCUUACUGUGACGGAUAUCGGCCUGCUCUCACAGCUCAAAUCAAUUUGCUGUGAUGUACGAACAACUUGCUAUGAUGUCAUCCACAUCCAGUGCCUUAGCAGAAGAAGUGCACGUUUCUAAGUGGGUGGCAGAAUAGUUUCUUGGGUUUGUUUGUUGUGCUUUACAGUCAUUGUGAGAAAUCUUGUCAGUAGUGUUGACACCAGUGGAGCAAAUUGAAAUUUCAAUAGAAAUCAGUAACAUAAUUGUAAGGUUUGAAAGUUGCCUAAAUGUUUUUUGAGCGGACAAGUCGAAUGAAAUAUGGAAUAGGAUAGUUGUUUGGUCAUUAAAGUGACAGUAAGGCAGGGCAGUCACAUUUCAUGGCACUUGAGAAUAGUCUCUUGCGCAGUGAACUGCAAAUGGGACUAACUUUUAAGAGAAUAUCUUGCUCUUAAAUCUAAAUAAAAUCAACCAGCAUAAAAAUCAAAUAAAUAUUUAACAUUUUGGACUUCGCACCACCUUGAGUAUAGCUUUUAUUAGCCCCUUUGAUGAGAUGUAUUUAGUAACUACAGUCCUAAUAAUGUGUCCAUAGAACUGCAGCAAAGGAACAUUACCCAUAGUCAUCUCUGGGAAUGUAAUUCAUUGAUAAAGCAAAGACUGCUAUGAAAAUUACAGUACUAUUAUGUGUUUUGUCAAUCGGGAGGAUACACCAUGUGCCUUUUUGGAUUUUCAUUUCUCUUCCCAGUUCUAAUGCUGAGACCUUUGAACUUAACAUUUAUAAAAUUGGAGGAAAAGUUGAAUUGAUUACUUUUAAAAUUGAUAUCUAUGUUAGUGCAGUCUGAUUUCCCCUUCCUGAUUUGAAUUUAGAAGGCAUUCAAAACAGAGGAAAGGUUAUGGGGAAAUUGCUGAGGUCAUUUGAAAUUGGCUUUGAAGGAAAAUAAUCUAAUUUUUGUAUGUUGUAAAUUAGCUAGCUAAAUUUUUGACAGCAUUAGAUGAAAGCUCGUACAAUGCUAUACAGAAAAUGGCUCAAGGCAGUUAAUUGUGUGCAGGCAACUGCAUUGGUGCUUAUUUUAAACACUACCAGGUAGUGGUAAUCUGCCCAUUAAAGGAGGUGCUUUGUUGCAAUGGAAGCCUUAUUUCAGCAUUUUUGAUCCUGUUAAAAUUUUUCUUUUUUCUCAGUGAUGCCAUACAAGCUCAGAAAUACAUAGCCCCUAUCUUCACAAUAGCCUUUUUUUAAAUAGAAACAGUUUUGACACCAAACCAAUACUGGCAGUCUUGUUGAAGUACAAACUUUAGACUAUAAAAUCUAUGACAUAAAGUUCCAGUACUGAUGUCACAUAACAUGGUCUGAAAAUCUGGUGUUGCCUCUAUAGUGGUUGGAAAUAAGAGCAACUGCUGAGCUGCAAGCUCUUUAAGGUGACAAGUUAGAUUUACAUUUUGGCUGUAGGUUGUAUGUAGGGCUUGAUCACCAAACAAUUGCAAUCCUUUGCUGACUCCGUACAGCAAAUUAACCACGCAAAGAUCAGACUCUUUGAUCAUGAGCCCAGUGAUACUGUAUUCAACCCAAGUACAACCAACAAUUAGGCACACAAAACAUGAUCUCCUUGGUUAUUUCUAUUAAAUACACUGUUGCAACUAAAUUGAUUCUUUCUCCUUUGAUAAUUAUUUUCUAUUCCUUGAAUUGCUGCCACAUCAUAGCCAAGAAUAAGAUUAUAAUUGCCAGAAAGAAAAAAAAUGAAUUGGCCAUGUGGUAUCUUCAUGGUGCAUAAGUAUUAAUGGUUGAACUGAUGGUGAUAACCAGCUGGUUGGUAUCUUCUAUAAAUCACGGAGUAGACCGCAUUUUGCAGUAUAUUAUACUGUAUGUUAAAGACUUCCUACUGCGCCACCAUAUUGGAGUGUGUAGUGGUGACAAGAUAUAAAACUGUAGUGGCCGACCCACUUUCAUAUCGUGAUCAGUUUCAAGCUUGAAUGCUAAUUGAUCAUUUAUGAUAAACUUUAUAUAUGUGUUUAGAACCACAUUGUAAAUAUCCUGUGUAUAGUGGUGUCGGUGCAGAUGGUGCUAAUGCACAUCUGCACAUUGCAGAAUGACAAAAUAACUUUAUAUUCAAGUGUUUUUAUCUACUUCAGUAAUUCUUAGUACAGUAAAUUGGCUAUAAUUGUUGUAAAGCGCAUUUUACGUGAAGAUUUAAUAAAGUCCUCACCAAUGUGAUGGAAACUGAAUGAGAACUUUUCUGUUGUGUAUUAGUGACUGUAGCUGGAUUUGCAGUGUAACAUAUGAUCCUUGUUGCAUCCUUUAUUUUUCAUUGCUGUAACAGGUUACUCUUGUUGCAUCUCCAUGAUGUAUGAGCCAACAAAGCAGCAGUCUAUUCCCAUGAAGUGGCAUUAUAUAUUGUAGUAUUUGCUUUAUUUGUUUUGUUUUUUAUACAAUCAGCUUAGCCUAUGUCCUGUUUUUACUUGUCCUGUUUAUACUGUCUUUAAAUUCUGUUUUUCUUUUAAUUUGGAAGAAAAAAAGUACAGUAAAUUCUGGUUAAUUGGGACACAUCAGGAACAGUAUAUUUUGGCCCAAUUAAAUGGCAGUCCUGAUUACCCAGUUUCAUGGAAAUAGUUUUAAAAGAAGUUUUAACAAAGACAAACUACCAUUUAAAUGAGUUAACAAAUUAUGUAUUUGCCUGAAAUACAGAACAAAUUAGAACACUACCAAUACAAUACUAUAAAACUGUGUAUUAGUUCUUACUAGUUUCGACAGGAUUUCAACCAGAAUAUGUUGCCGUGUUCUUUUGAUUGACUGUAAAUGAACAAAAUUAGUGCAGACACCUAGGGCAGAUAAUGGCCUGCCUUCAUAUAAUGCUUUAGAUGAUUACACCCUCCAUAUCUUAAUUUUAAUUGUGACAUUCAAUUAUGACAUUUAAUUUUAAUUCUUUGUAGUUCCCAACUUUUUGAAGUAGUUAAAUUGGUAACUGAUUAAGUCACCAUCUUAAAUUUUCAUCAUAUGUUCAUUUCUAAUUUUUGAAAAUUAUUGUUAAUUUUUUACUUAAUAAAAUUAAAACAUUUUUCCAUUUUAAUUACUUCAUCUAGCUGGAAAUACAGUGGAUUCCAGUUUACUGGAACACAUUGGGACCAGUACAUUUUGGCACUGAGUAGCAAAUUAUGUAUUAAAUAAAAUACAGAACAAAUUAGAACACUAACAAUACUGCUACAGUACUAUAAAACUGUAGUUCCUAAUAGUUAUUGACAGUCAAAAUAAUCCAGUGUACGCUGCCGUGUUCUUUUAAUUGACUGUAAAUGAAAAAAUCAGCACAGGCUCCUAGUACAGAUAAUGGACUGCCUUCAUACAAUGCUUUCAACGAUUGCAUCCUCCAAACCUUCAUUUUCAUUGUAACGUUCAAGAUGACUUUUGAUAACUUCAAAUGUUUGAAACCACGAUGAGCAUAACAGUUACAAAUUGUCUUACUGCUUAUUUCUCGCCAACUGCCAAUGACAAAAAUCAGCUUAAAAACUUUAUGCUCAAAACACUUUGUUAUGUCGAGCAGCUGUGCAAGUGCAUGUGACUGACACUAGUUAGAAACUGUUCAGCAACAGUCUCCUGUCCUAAUUAAGUGGCAGAGUGUCUCAAUCAAACAAACAAAGGGAAUCCCGGCUAUUUUCUCAAUUUUUCUUCUUGAAGUAUUGUUCUAAAUAAGUAGCUGCCCUGAUUAACCAAUGGCUCAAUUAACCAGAAUCCACUGUACCUGUGCUGUUUGUAAUGGAUGCUGCAAUGAUAUGAAUUUUGCCUGAAUCUGAUAACCAGCUCCAGAACUCUCAGCAAGUUUUAAAUUGGAACACAUUUCACAUUUCAUAUUGUAUGUUGAACUAAGCCCUCUGGAAGAAAUGUUUUUUAAAAUUUGAAAUAGGUGUAUAAUUGCAGAAUAAUUGUAGGACAAAGUAAAUUAUGGUAUGAAAAUCCAUUGUGUGUGGCAUGCUUCUUCUCACACCUGCAGCAAAUCCCAGAAAUGUUUGGGAAAGUGAUGCCUGUCUACUGACAUUUUUUUCAUGUAUACAUCACAAUGUUAAAGCAAUGUGUUUGAAGUAGCCCGGUGCAGUUUCCAAAAUGUGACAUAUUAUCACUUUAUAAUCUUGCAUUUGGUUGUUUAAUUUGUAUUUGUAAGGUUUUUGUUCCAUUAUAUGUAUCUUUAUUUUGUAUUGUAACAAGAGCAUUUUUAUCGACUUCAAACCAAAAAUUGUUAGUUUUAUAUGAUUUUCUGGCAACCGCCAGCCUGAACUUAAAGAUAGUGGUGUAAGCCAAUGCUCUGACUGUUAAUUCUGAAAAGAAUGUAGGUUUCUAUUAUGCCGGCCAAGACUUUUUGAUAUCCUUUUUUAAAUUAUGUACUGUGAAUUGUCUUUCAUUUGAAAGAUAAAUACAAUGUCUUGAUGAAGAUAUGUGUGCUUAUUUUCUUAGAUGUUCGUUCUGCACGCAUUUGCAAGUCCAGAAAGACACAAGAGGUAUUGGUAGGAUUUGACAAGAAGUGACAGUCAUCAAACAGAUCUUUUUAAGAAAUACACCAGCACAGAAUUUGCUUGUCAUAAAUUUCAGUAUUUAGCCAUGAGAGUAACACGGUAGUGCAGAAUUGCCUACUGUUUGGUCUAUUCAGUCAGAA